GAAAUAAGCGGCGAUAGCAACACAUGUCAGCGGCGAUAGCAGCACAUGCCAGCGGCCUAGGCGUGUCUGCAGUGCUCCAAUCUCUGUCUGACUGCCUUCUAGACAAACGGCAGCGCACGCAGCUGCACGAAGUGUCCCUUCAGCUGCGAACAACUUGGAACACGACCCGUGAAUCAUGCCUGUAGUUCUGUAUCACUGUCCUCCCAGCCCACCGUCCAGAGUAGCCUUGACUGUUGCUAAGGCUCUUGGGAUCGAUGUCACCGUCAAAAUCAUCGAUCUGUUCAAGAAUGAACACUUACAAGAGGAGUAUCUUAAGAUAAAUCCAGAACACACGGUACCAGCCAUGGACGACAAUGGUUUGAUUCUUCACGACAGCCACGUAAUCGCCACUUACCUGGUGUCACGCUACGGAAAGGAUGAAUCUCUCUAUCCGAAGGAUGUGAAGCAGAGGGCGCUGGUCGACCAGAGACUGUAUUUCGAAGCGACAGUACUUUUUCCUCGUCUAAGGGCUACAACAUAUCCGGUUUUCUUCCUGGGGAAAAGAAAUGUGGAUGCGGACGCGAGAGAUGCCAUAUACGAGGCUCUUGGAAACCUGGAGAAGUACCUUGAGCCAAGUGGAUGGGUAGCUGGAGACCAUGCGACCGUGGCCGACAUAUCCUGCUCGGUUACAGUUGCCAGUCUGGAGGCGAUAGGAGUGGACAUGAGUGCUUAUCCUAAGAUUCGUGACUGGCUGAAACGCUGCAGAAGCACAUUCCGUGGCUACGAGGAAGCAAACGCGGAAGGCGAAAAAAUUAUAGGAGGCGGCAUCAAGAGCCUCCUGGGGCCCAAGGCAUACUUGAGAUAG